AUGGGGCAACUCCGAGACUGGACACCCCCUUCUUUCAUCCAAGACCCAGAAGACGAAACAACGAGCCCACACGACGCAAUCAAGACUGCCGUUGCCUACCAGUAUGCGACGCUGCUCUAUCUGCACCAGGCGGUUCCAGAAAUCCCAUCCCAGUCUCCGAGUACACUUGCAAGGAAGGUUUUGUCCAAGUUGGCGACGGUUGAUCCUCGCUCUCGUUCCAUCAUUGUGCAAAUCUAUCCUCUCAUGGCAGCUGGCUGCGAGGUUGUCAAUCCCGAUGAGCGUGAAUGGGUCAAGGCGCGCUGGCAGCUCAUGUCCAAGCGGAUGAAGUUGGGGAUAAUUGAAAGAUGUUUGGAAGUCACAAAGGAAGUCUGGAGCCGAAGAGAUGCACAUGCAGCUGAACGCAUGGCCAUGGUUGAAGAUGCUUGUGCCGAAAGCUACUUAGAUAUGCCGCCGAGUGGUGAGUUUGGCGCCUAUCCUGAUACAGACAUGACAGUCAAUUCCGAUUGGCGACAAACACCUGCCUCCGAUAUGCAUCUUAUAGAUCCAGAAAUCACAGUCAAGGGACGACUCCACUGGCUAGGUGUUAUGAAGGACUGGAGUUGGGAAAUUCUCCUUGGUUAA